AUGUGUAAAAAAAAAACAAAAAUUAUGUAUCAAUUCAUAGAAAGUCCUAACUUGUACAGUUCUGAUGAAACAAGUUCUGAUAAUGCAAUCGAAAAAUCAAGCAGUACAGAUAGCGUCAGUUCGUCCAGUAACAGUAGCGACGAAGAUCGUGCAGACUUAUUACUUUUUCCUCUUCUGCAUUACUUAACAACUGGCCGAAAGAGACAUCGAAUUGAAGACUAUUUUUUGGUUAUUGUCUCUUAGACAGAUGAAGAAUUUAAGGAACAUUUAAGAUUGAAUCGGAAUACUGCACAAAAAUUGAUUGAUGAGCUACAUUUAUCAAAUUUUAUUCCAUCGCAUUUGUUUGGAAUAAAACCAUUCUCAGCAAAAUUGAGUCUUUUGCUUUUUUUAUGGUACAUUGCCAAUACGGAACCUUUGCAAACUAUGGGUGAUAGAUUUGGAAUUUCUAUUUCAUCUGUGUUUCGUUUUCUCCGUUGUGUCGUAGCUUGGUUGAUAACAAAAUUAGAUGUAGUGAUUAAAUGGCCACAAGGACAAAAUAUAAUACCAACAGUUGAAAGUUUUUGCGCUAAGCAAGGAAUUUCAAAUGUCUUAGGAGCAAUUGAUGGAACUCAUAUUUGGAUAGAAAAACCUGCAAUGUAUGCACGAGAUUAUUGUAAUCGGAAAAAUUUUUUUUCUAUUACUUUACAAAUAGUGGUAGAUGCUCAUUUGCGGAUUACCAAUAUACAUUGCGGUGAGCCUGGUUCUCUUCAUGAUGCACGUAUAUUCCGAAGAUCAGAAUUGUACUACGCCGCAAAUGUUGACAAUGGUGUACAAUUAUUCCCUGGUAAUACAUUUUUAUUAGGAGACUCAGCAUAUCCAUCUUUGCCCUGGCGUGUACCACCUUUUAAAGAUAAUGGUCAUCUUACACCACAACAAAGAGAAUUCAAUUUUAUACAUUCAUCCACAAGAAUAUGUGUUGAAAGAGCAGUUGGACAAUUAAAAGGACGAUUCCGUCGAAUCAAAUUUUUUACUGAAUAUCGUGAAAUGUCAUUCAUCACUAACACAGUAGUUGCAGCAUGUAUAUUGCAUAAUUAUUGUAUCAAUGAGAAUAAUGUUUACAAUUUUUCUGAAUAUAUUGACAAUGAGUUUGAUAAUUUCGAUAAUGAUAAUGGAGAACUUGAAAUACAAAAUUAUAGUAUGGAAGGAGAUCGUAGGAUGCAGCUGUUUAAUGAAAUGUUCCCUGAACAAUAA